GUGCAAAAUGGCGAUGGUAAUCCCAGCUCGCAAUCAAAUGGCUUCACAAUUUUUAGAGUUACCCAAAAGGACUUCAAGCUUGAUGGCUCCAACAAUGGUUCUUCAAGGACACGGAGGAGAGAUUUACACGUCCCAAUUCAGUUCGGAUGGAAGUUUUCUUGCUAGUGCCGGAUAUGAUCAACAGAUCUUCCUGUGGAAUGUGUUUGGCGAAUGUGAGAAUUUUGCAGUUCUCAAAGGGCACAAAGGAGCCAUUAUGGAAGUGAAAUUCAACGCGGAUUCGAGUCAUCUUGUAUCUGCUGGAACCGAUAAAACCGUUCGUGUCUGGGAUAUGGAAACCGGUUCGUGUAUUCGAAACUUCAAAUCUCAUACCGAUAUUGUCAAUUCGGUUGAUGUGAAUCGUCGAGGUCCUCAAAUGAUUUGCUCAGCGUCGGAUGAUGGAACUGUCAUGGUUCACGAUAUGCGGAGCAAGGAAGCGGCGAAAAAGUUUAUCUGCAAAUACCAACAGACGGCUGUCACGUUCAACGAUGCCGCGGAUAAUGUUAUUUGUGGAGGAAUUGACAAUCAGAUUAAGGUCUGGGACAUGCUCCGAAAUGACGUCAGAUAUGUGCUCUCCGGACACCGCGAUACGAUCACUUCUCUUUCUGUCAGUCAUAAUGGAAACUUUUUGCUUUCCAACUCGAUGGAUUGUUCUUUGAUGAGUUGGGAUAUUCGACCAUUUGUUCCUGCUCAGAGGCUCGUUGCCAGAUAUCAAGGAGCUUCGCAUAAUUUUGAAAAGAAUCUUUUGAAAUGCGGCUGGUCUCCACGCGACAACUACAUCACCGCCGGCUCUGCGGAUCGUUUCGUCUAUGUUUGGAAUGCAAAAUCGCGUGCAUGUGUCUAUAAACUUCCUGGACAUCUUGGUUCCGUCAACUGCACUGCUCUUCAUCCAACUCAACAGAUUCUUCUCUCUGCUGGAAGCGACAAGACCAUUUUCCUCGGAGAACUCGACCUGGAGGAUUAUUAAACUUUUUAAAAUUUCAAACAAUCAGAUUCUGACGUCUUCAUUUUUAUUUUACAUCCUAUUUUUAUCACCUUUAUUGUUGUUACUUGUUUCUGUUUCUUUCAUUUCCUUUCAUAAUAAGAAUCUAUUCUUCUU